UGUUUCCGGCGCUUGUUGCGAAAUGCCAGGGAUUCUUCCUUGCCACACUAGUCUCUUUGCUCUCUGGCAACACCAUUAACCUCAUAUCACUGUUACUCCAGCGUAGUAGAUAAUUCAACAGGGUUAUGGCGGACACACAAGAACAGGCCAGAGCUGCGUCUGUUUGUCUGACCUGCAAGUUGGGUAAAAGGCAAUGUGAUAAGAGACUUCCUAUCUGUUCUCGAUGCAACAAACUUGGUAGGCCAUGUGAAUAUCCACCCAGUCCGCCAGUGGUGACCGCGGCUCAACCGACGGAGUCGGGGCCAUCAAUGACUAGGUUGUCGCCCAUGGCGUGUAUACGAUGUAGGGCAAACAAACGUAGAUGUGAUCGCGCCAUUCCGGAGUGCUCCCGGUGCCGGAGAGUCGUCGCCAGUUGUGUCUACCCACCGUCUCGGCCGCAGUCCCCCGCCUUUGCGGACACCGAUGACUUUGGGCCAGACAUGGAGUCCGCUUCACUACGUGUGCCGACAGAGAUGGAGGCUGCGAUGGACACCCCCAUUGGAUAUCGGUCAUACAUGUCACCACUUCUAGAAUUCUUCCUCACCUCAAUAGCUUUACCCUCAGAUACCAUAGGGACUAACAGCCUUUCUCACCACCUCCGUUCGGAAUGGAUGAAGCAUGCUAUGAUGGACCCCUGUUUGUUCCACGCCACCCUGUUUAGCGCAUCAGCAUCGAUUGAUAUCCUGCGCUGUCAGCAAAACACUGCGGUAACCCUGUAUCACCAGACCUGGGCUAUACGCUUGCUUAACGAGCGGUUGGCACAGCCAGAACCGGUCCUGACCUAUGGAACACUGGGAGCAGUGAUACCGUUACUAUACUAUAAUAUGGUCGCACUUGACCACGACUCCGCUGUCGCUCAUCAGAGGGGUCUAGUAAAAAUGCUCCUUGCCACGCCCAAAUCCUUCCGCAACAACAUUGGGCCACUCAUAGCCAUCGUGAAGAUUGCUAUGCUGUCAUUUGCAUGUAUCUACGACAUGCAACCUAUUUGGGACUGUCUGUACUCUGAGUCUGUUCGCUCCUCUAGCCUGCUUCGAAAUCUAGUGUCAAGAGCGGCUUUGGGGAACGGCGGAUCUCUGUUCCAAAAACAGACUAUGGAUGGGAUUUUGGAUGUUUACGAAGCCGUCUCACGCCUCGAUCAGUUCUUCCACGCCGACCGCAGCAGUACCUCCAGCAUAGAAUGUGAGUGGGCGCAUAUUCUGGCAAGAUCUAGUCCAACGACUCCCUGGACCGAGCGCCAUAACUAUCUUACUUCAUCUGAAAAACUCAAUGCAUGCUGCCACCUCUGUUGUUCCAUAUUCUGGACAACCCUGCGACGACGGCAAUUGCACAACGAGCAAGCCCCAGGCCCUACGGACCAGGAUCAGCUCAAUCAGGUGCUCCUAAACUAUAUUCUGCAGGUCGAACCACUAUACUGGAUUCAGAAUGCUCCCGAGGCAUUCACCUGGGUUGCAUUUACAGGCGCUGCUGCGUCCACUCAACCAGGUCUGCGAGCCAACUUCAUCAACCACGCGGCAACUGUAAUCACGGCCAUCGACGGCGAGGACUUGACUCUGAUACGACAGGGGUGGAGGUAUUUUGGACUGAUCAAAAGGCUCGGAGGAGCAUGAAAGGUGAGCAACAUAUCCGCAUGACUGCUAGUAUAUCUCUCGAAUAGUUUGCGACUAUUCAUC